AAUUAUUUGCAGUAUUGUGGUGCGGAUUUACGUGCCCUGCGCUCGGUAGAUGUUUUAUUCCCGAGUGCAAAAUUGAAAUUGGCAUUGUUACAUAUCUACAACCCAGAAUUACUUAUUAUGGGAAUUACCAGAGCAGAGGAUACGUUAAAAACUUCAUAG